AUCCUCUAGCUCUCUCUCUCUCUCUUCUCUCACACACACACACAGUCACAGACACCCCUAUCACUUAGACUGUGCUAGUAGGUAGCGGCCGCGUAAUGGAGCAGGAGCUCAGCCUUGAGCUCACCCUCCUCCACCCCUCGGCCUCGCCGCCGGAGCCACCGGGCUACUUCGUCUGCAUGUACUGCGACCGCAAGUUCUUCAGCUCGCAGGCUCUCGGUGGCCACCAGAACGCGCACAAGUACGAGCGCAGCCUGGCCAAGCGCCGCAGGGAGAUAGCCGCCGCCCUGCGCGCGCACGGGGCGGCCGCCACCGCCACGGGCGCCCCGGAGGACGACGCCGCCGCCGCGAUGGGCUCUCGCGAUGUCCCCGCCAGGCCACAAGGCACGGGUACCGGAGUCGUCGUCGUUGAAGAUGAGAGUGCAACCAGGAUGAUGGACAAGCAGAAGGCUCCUGCUGCUGAUGACGACGCUCCCGCGACCGCGUCGUCGAGCAACAUGAAGAGGUCGUCGGAGUACGGCUACGGCGUCGAGGAGCUGGAUCUCUCCCUCAGGCUUUGAUUGGUUCCUCUUCCUCCUCCACCUUUAAAUAUAAUUCGCCCCGUUUGCUUAGAUAAUUCGAUCUUUGUGGUCAGUGCAAUCAUCUGUUUCGCGUGCGUGGUAUCUCAGUGCUGGAUCCGUCACUUUCUUCCUCAUGUAGUUGUUGUGCAGUUAUAUUCUUCCAUCCGAUGAUGGAACCUAUCGGCAAGAACUAUUGUCGGCCCAUCCUGCUAUCCAAAGGGCGUGGUAUUUGGUGUGCUCUUUUCGGUUUUCUGCCUUGAGUCUUCUUUGUGCGAUCUAAAUUCGCAGCUUGUUUUUUCCAAAACGGCGGAAACAGUUUUGCCGCAAUUUCGUUUGGACCUUUUUCAAGUGACUCUAAAUUGG